UAUGAUACGUUAUAUACCUCAAUCCAUCCAUAUAUUAUUAUAAAUACGUUUCCUCAUUUACACUUUUCACACACAACAUCACUUCUAUCCCUGCCCUUCAAGCUUAGGUUGGAUUGAAAGAGUUUGAAAUUUGAAGAAGAACAAAGAAAGUAAGAUGGAUUUUGCUUAUGGACCUGGAAAAAACCAUCUCUUUGUUCCUGGACCGACCAACAUCCCCGAACAUGUUAUUCGUGCGAUGAACCGAAACAACGAGAAUCAUCGUACUCCGGCAAUAACAGCAUUGACAAAAUCUUUACUCGACGAUAUCACGAAAAUUUUCAAGACUACUUCUGGAACGCCAUUUCUCAUUCCCACAACCGGUACCGGUGCUUGGGAGAGUGCGCUGACUAAUACAUUGUCUCCGGGGGAUCGAAUUGUAUCUUUUUUGAUCGGUCAAUUCAGUCUACUUUGGAUCGAACAACAAAAGCAACUCAACUUUAAUGUUGAUGUUGUAGAAAGUGAUUGGGGUGAGAGUGCUAAUCUUGAUAUUCUAGAAUCAAAACUUGCUUCGGAUAAAACACACGCCAUAAAGGCGAUUUGCAUUGUUCAUAACGAGACAACAACCGGCGUCACAAAUGACUUGACUAAAGUGAGGAAACUCCUUGAUGAGUAUCGGCAUCCAGCACUUAUUAUUGUUGACGCAGUGUCUUCGAUCGGUGCUAUUGAUUUGCGCAUGGACGAAUGGGGAAUAGAUGUGGUGGUGACUAGCUCUCAGAAAGCUCUUUCUCUUCCUACUGGGAUGGGAAUUGUAGUUGCAAGUCCUAAAGCCAUUGAGGCUUCGAAAUCUGCUAAGUCACUUAGAUCUUUCUUUGAUUGGAAUGGUUACUUGAAAUUCUACAAAACUGGUGCUUACUGGCCAUACACUCCUUCUAUUCAGAUGCUCUAUGGUCUAAGAGCUGGUCUUGAUCUGAUUUUUGAAGAAGGAUUUGAAAAUGUGCUUUUAAGGCAUAAGCGUUUAGCUAAAGCGACCAGGCUUGCAGUAGAGGCAUGGGGAUUGAAGAAUUGCUGCCAAAAGGAGGAGUAUUAUAGUGCAAGUGUGACUGCUAUUGUUGUUCCUCCUAACAUUGAUAGUGGUGAAAUAGUUAGUAGGGCAUGGAAGAAAUACAAUUUAAGCUUAGGAGUUGGAUUGAACAAAGUUGCUGGAAAGGUUUUCAGAAUAGGACAUGUUGGUCAUUUGAAUGAGUUGCAACUUUUGGGUUGUCUUGCUGGUGUGGAAAUGACACUCAAAGAUGUAGGGUAUCCCGUAAAGCUUGGAAGUGGAGUUGGUGCUGCAAGUGCUUAUUUACAGAACAACAUUCCUCUGAUUCCUUCCAGGAUUUGACUUAUGAAAGUCAUUCAUUCUUGUGAUUACUUCUUAUUUCAAUAUUUUUUGGCAAAUGUAAUGUUUUGGUGGUCUAAAAUAUUAACUAGUAUUUAUCAGUUUUAUUCCAUUUAAUAAUAUCAUUUAUCACGGAUAUCCGAAUGUAUGAUAUCUCGUAAGUGUGGAAAUUUCUCAAAUCCACGCGGUCAGAACAAUAUAGAUUGUUCGAUUAAGAUCAGAAGGUUUAAAUUCAAGUUCGAUAUUUUAAAUUAUAAAAAUAAAAUCUGCAUUUUUUUUA